AUGCGUUGCUUGGUGAUCCUCUGCGUGGUGGCUUCGGCUGCCUGGGCAGCUGAAGAAGUAUCCGUUGAUUCCGUCGUUGAGUCAAGUCCAAGCCCUUCCGUUAGUCCUUCUGUUAGUCCUUCUGUUAGCCCUUCAGUUAGCCCUUCGGUCAGUCCUUCAACUAUUCAACCUGCGAGUCCCAGCCCUAGGCCUACACCAUUCCCAAUUAGCCGCGCUAUUGCUACAGCGACAGCGUAUAACCCUUACCGGUACAACGUUGCUAGGGUUACGACCCCUCGUAAUGACCCGGGACGCUACAACCCCGGGCGUUAUGACCCUGGACGUUAUGACCCCGGACGCUACGACCCCGGUCGCUAUAACCCAGGAAAAUACGACAGCUCAGGACGUUACAUUCCGGACCCCAGUGGUGCCUACAAUGGAGACCGUGGUGACAGGGGUGGUGCAGGAGGCAAAUAUUCCGGUUCUUCUGAUAGGGGAGGUCCAGGUGGAGCAUACUCCGGCUCUUCUGACAAAGGAGGUCCAGGUGGUCCAGGUGGAGCAUACUCCGGUUCAUCUGAUAAAGGCGAUGCUGGUUCUUAUGUACCUGAUAAGUCAGGAGUUUACAAUGGCGACCGUGGUGAUCGAGGUCAAGCUGGUGGAUUUUAUUCAGGUUCUGCAGACAAGGGUGCGGGUAAACCUGCGGGUGAAAAUGUAAGUCCCAGUCCUGCUGUGUCUCCUGCUUCAGUUUCUGCUGCAGCUGCCGUAGCGAGUAGUCCGGUGGUAGUUAAGCCUACACCAGCUUAUGUAGCCCCUGUUGUUCCCAAAGUGAAUCCCAACUCUGGAAAAUUCGACUAUCAAUACUCCAUUAUCCGACAAGAAACUGACGUUCUACCCGAUGGUUACCAUUACUUGUAUGAGACAGAAAAUACAAUUCUUGCUGAGGAAGCCGGAAAGAUUGAAAGAAUUGACGGUGAAUCUGAAGGUAUGAGGGCCAAGGGAUUCUUCCAAUAUGUCGGACCUGACGGUGUAACCUAUAGAGUUGAUUACACUGCUGAUGAAAGAGGUUUUCUACCUAGCGGAGCUCAUCUGCCGUAA